AUGUAUUCCCGCUUCGCGAGCCUCCUGACCACCACCAGCAGCCACAAUGGCACAUACACCGCCGAGGAAGUGGCCGCGUACCAGGCGAGCGUGGCGAAAUGGACCAAGAUCUACGGGAUCAUCCUGGCCGUGCUCGUCGCGCACUACGUCGCCAUCACCAUCUUCUUCUGGUGGCAGUUCCGCUUCGGCGAGGCCGUCGACAGCCAUCACCACCACCACCUCUCUCAUCCCGGCUCGAGCUCGGCCAGGGACACCCGGCCCAAGUACAACCCCGUCCACUGCCGCCGGGGAUGCGCCGCGCGAGAACGUGCUCGCCGCCACCGCGAGCGUGCGCUUGCUCGACAACUAGCUUCUGGAGCAGCUCCUGGCAAUGGCAACGAUGAGGACGGAGAGAGCAGUGACAGCGGCGCGGAGCAGUGGUCCUGGCUGACCCCCGAGAUCCAUUACCCUGAAUGCUUCGACUCUCCGUCGUCGACUCCGCCACCGCCGCCACCGCCGCCGGGCGCCGGACCCAGCUGGCGAGGAAAGUACCCGGACUCGCCUGGAUCAUCACCAUCACCAGAGCAGCAGCAGCAGCAUCAGAACAUGACAGGAGACGGGUUCGUGUCAGACCACCUGUUCUUCGCGGCCGAUCUCGAGAGCGGACUCCACGGCAGCGGCCGUCCUAGUUCCCCAGAGCUGUUUCGGCCCCGGGCACACGGGCUGGGCAUCGCCCUGCCAGCACACGAUUACGAGCUCCAUGACUACGGCGGCAAAAGUAACAACAAUAGCAGUGGCAGUGGCUUUCACGGUACAUACCCCUUCGCUUGUCCAGCCGGUGCGGGAGCAGGCACUGACACCACCACCACCGCCGCGGUCGACGGCACAAACCACCCAGCUGUCCUGCCCUCGAUCGGCCUCUCCCUUCUUCAUCAAGGACCAGCCAACGGCCACAGCAGCGGUGAAGCACGAGGACGCGGCCGCAGCAACACGACAGCCAGCACCGCCACGUUCGCGUCGCGGGCCUCGACGGUCUUCGGCGGCAGCCCAGAUAUCCCUGGCGGCGGCCCUCACAACCGCCCUGCCGCCUGA